GCGCGAGUGGGCGGGACCCGAUGACGGGAGCCGGUGUAGGAGUAUAAAAAGGCAGGCGCAAGGCAUUUUCUUUCCUGACGCGGUGGAGAAAGGAACUCUGGAAAGGGAAUUUGACUGACAACUCUCUUGAAAAAUGCCAGCCAUCAAGAGCUUGAGUCGAGCUGUCAGGCAGGUGUUGCAGAAACCUGGUUGUGGCUGUCAGAUUGCCGUUGUGCCGGUUAGGUGUGUUGGUUUCUCACCCCGGCAGGUAAACUUGGAUGCCAGCUUCCAUUCAGUAUCCUUUUCUGAAACGGAACAUCCACGGGUGCUGAUUACAGGGGGACUAGGCCAGCUUGGAGUAGGACUUGCUAAGCUUUUGAGGAAACGCUUUGGGAAGAACAAUGUGAUCCUGUCUGACAUCAGAAAGCCUCCUGACAAUGUUUUCUAUAGUGGCCCUUUCAUCUAUUCAGACAUUCUGGACUACAAGAAUCUUCGUGAGAUAGUAGUGAACAACCGGAUUACAUGGUUGUUUCACUAUAGUGCAUUGCUCAGUGCAGUUGGUGAAGCUAACGUUCCUUUGGCAAGAUCUGUAAAUAUCACUGGAUUGCACAACAUUCUUGAUAUUGCUGCUGAGCACAGCUUGCGGCUCUUUGUCCCCAGCACAAUUGGAGCUUUCGGACCCACCUCCCCUCGGGACCCAACUCCUGACCUCUGCAUCCAAAGGCCAAGGACAAUCUAUGGUGUUUCCAAGGUCCAUGCUGAGCUCAUGGGAGAAUAUUACCAUUACAGAUACGGCCUAGAUUUCCGAUGCUUGAGGUACCCAGGCAUCAUUUCAGCCGAUACUCAGCCUGGUGGGGGAACAACUGACUAUGCAGUCCAGAUCUUUCAUGAUGCCAUAAAGACUGGCAAGUUCAAGUGCAACCUUAAACCAGACACCCGCCUGCCAAUGAUGUACAUUGAUGACUGCCUGAGGGCUACACUGGAGAUAAUGGAAGCCCCUGCUGAGCAGCUGAGCAUGAGGACUUACAACAUCAGUGCCAUGAGUUUUACUCCUGAGGAGUUGACUCAAGAAGUCCAGAAGCAUAUUCCAGAGCUUCAAGUUACCUACAAUGUGGAUGCUGUAAGACAGGCCAUUGCUGACAGUUGGCCGAUGAUUUUUGAUGACAGCAACGCUCGCCAGGAUUGGGGAUGGAAACACGACUAUGACCUUCCAGAACUGGUGAACACCAUGUUCAAUUUCCUUGGCUCUGUGAACUCUGUUCCUAGACUUGCCCAGCUCAACUGACUAAUCUCUUCAAGUGAUUAGAUGGACAGGACUUGAGCAUAAUAAUGGAGAACCCCUCACUGACUCCUGAAACCUGAAGUAGUACACCUUUGGGAUGCUAUCUACAAGUAUAUUGGGGCAGGUUAUUGGACCUUCAGUUCACUUUUCUUCCUUUCUGUCAAAUUAGGUGAAUGCAAUCACACACGUACAAACAUCAAUGCUGACAAUGUGAGUCUUUUGGGAAAACCUAUUCUUUCACAAGCUGCAACUUGUUUUCUUCAAACGCCAGUUGCUCAUAUGGGGUGUGGUUACCUCUUAUGCGUUGGGCUCCCAUGUCAGAGGGCUUUGGUCGCUUGCUGCAUGAUAAUAAACACAAGGUCUAGCUGUCAUUCAAACCCUGAACUUGUUGGGUGAAUGAAAGAUAAGGGGAAUCCAUGAAAGGGAAAUUUGCUAGGAGGAAAACGUGUCUUAAUUGUUCAACUGAUCAAUUUUCUCUCAGAAAUGUCAUGGUUCCAGAAUUAGCAUUUAAAGGAAGUACUCUAGAGAUGCAAACUCUGUUAUACCUCAUCAUUCCAAUCUUACCAAACAACUCAGUUGCUCCACUGGGCCCUCCCAAUGUGUCCCACAACAUUAAGUUAUAUUUUUUAAAAAGAGCAUUUUCUUCCUUACUUCACUCUUCUAUAUUACAGUUGACCCUCAAUUUUUUCUGAUUAGACUUUUGCAGAUAUUUUCAAGGACUUCAUUGAAACAUUCUCCCUAGGAAUCCCUGGGUCCUCUAGUGGGGUUGUGUAGUCCCCUUCUGUUGGAAAUUGACCAUACACCUAGAGUUUCCUAGAGAGAUAUUCUCUACAGAGGAAAAAUAGCUUCUUAAUUAAAUGUCUUCCUCCAGGGUAGGCAUGAUAGCUACCCAAAAAAAGCAUAAAGAAACUACUACAGAUGUUGGCAUAACUAGCUGGAGCAUUUAUGUACCACUAUAUCUACCUAACAAACCUUAGCAGGAUUCAGUGUUUCCUCUUCCAUGCAAUGUUUGCCCCAUGUCGCACCAUUUUCAUUUCUUUGCACAACAUUCCUAAAAUACCUUAAAACUCAGGGGUCUGGUUUUGAUCUGGGAGAUGGAGGAGAAUCCUGUUCUUAUUUUUACAAACAAUGCUAAGCAAUUGUUGUCCUCAUUCUCUCCCGUUAUGUAAAUACUUGAAUCUUAUUUUUAGUUUUUGUCUGUUCUGGUUCAUGGUUACAGGGAAAGAUGUCUAGAAGCCCCCAAUCAGUUUUGAAAGUGAUGUCGGGCAGCUGGAGAGGAUGGUUCUUGGUUUCCACUCAGGCCACAGUGGGAAGCAUUGCAUCAUUGGAUCUUUUCUAGUAGGAUUCCUCGUAUAAGUUUGGUUUCCUUUUGAAAGUUGCUUAAAGUUCUGUUGUUUUUUUCUGCAGGCUCUUCCUUCUUGACCUCUCCUUAUUUUUCAUGGUUACAUGGCCUGGCAUACCUCUGAAGUACUUAAGCAGAUAUGCAAUACUGUGUCUGCUUAGAUUCAAUGCAUGUUGCGUUUCUAUAUUUAGAGUUCUGAGAAGGACUGAGUAUAUCUGGUGACUGCAAUAGCCUGCUAUAUAACAGUCCAAAUGAUCCAAUUUGGGCCAGUGUGUCUCCACAGCUCAUCUCAGUAGAGAAUCUUUUCAAUUUCCAGAGUGAUUCCAUGUUUUAAUAAGACAAAUCAUUUGCCCCAAAUACCCUCUAGGGAACAUGGGAGGGCAAUUCUGCCACAAUUUACCCUCUGCCCAAUCAUUUCAGGGCAGAGGAAAGAGCAUUUUAAAAAACAGGAUGAGACUUGAAGUCUAGAAGAGAAAAUGUCUUCUAGAAGUCAUUUUUUGGUGUAAAAAUGUCUUUUCUGAGUUUAUAAUGGCCUGGGGUGAUGCAUCUAGAGACAUUUCAAUGCAGUGUUUUAAUUUUUAUUAAUCCCAAUAACCUUGAUGGCCAUAAAAACAGCAUUUAUGGUGCUUUUGGGCUGGUCUUUCCCAUAUAGUGGUCACUCCUGUGUUGACAACAAUAAUGUGAAACAUCUUUCUGAGUCUGAACUGUGUUCAUUGAGUUUUAUUAUUAUAAAGUGCACCCUCCCUCUGCAUAGACUCCAAAAAGAACUAUGAUGUAAACAAAAAUAUGUAUCAACUGUGUUAUGAAGAUGGAAAAUGACGAGAGAAAUAUGGAUUUGAGAGAUGUGAUUUGGAUGUGGUUUCAGUUUCUGUUCCAACUAGAGGAGCUAACUGAAUGUGCAUGUUUAUUUGGGUAUCUCCUUUGCAAUACUAAUCCACUUUUGUUUACUGAUUUAAACAAUAAGAUCUUAGGUGUUUCCCCCCCCCCCCCCACCACCACCACCACCACAAACUUCAGUGGAGCUCCCAAUCUGUUGAUGCUGGUUUCCAGUUAGAAAUAAAAGGACACCUCUGCUGUUAAGCUCCAGUUAUGUAAAAUAAACAUAAAAGAUUUUGAGAUUUUGUUUUCUCCUGUCCAUCCGUUCUCCAAAUUGUAAGUUUCCAAUAGCUAUUUGAAUAAAAUCCUAAAUACAAA